AUGAAAGCUCAACUGCUUCUGCUGGUGCUGGUCCCUCUGUCCUCGGCUUUGCCUCUGCCAUCUAAUGACAACCACAGCAGGCUUUUAGCAGAGAAGUACCUCCGGCGCUUCUACAACCUGCCAGUGGGGCUCCAAGGCACACAAACAUCUUCAAGUGAUUUCCAGACCAAAAUUAAGGAAAUGCAAAGAUUCUUCAACCUCGAGGUAACAGGGAAGCUCGACGACAAUACUUUGAAUGUGAUGAAGGAGCCCAGAUGUGGUGUGCAAGAUGUUGGAGAGUACAACCACUUUCCUCGAGAUCUCAAGUGGCAAACCAACACUGUCACGUUCAGGAUUAUUAAUUACACACCUGAUCUGAAGAAGUCCGAUGUGGACAGAGCCAUCCGCACAGCGCUGAAUGUUUGGUCUGAGGUCACCCCUUUGACGUUUAAAAAACUGUACGAGGGCAACGCUGAUAUAAUGAUCAGCUUUGGAACAAGAGAACAUGGAGACCACAACCCGUUUGACGGCCCAGACGGUCUGCUGGCUCACGCCUACCCUCCAGGCCAGGGCAUCGGUGGAGACACUCACUUCGAUGAGGACGAACACUGGACCAAAGAUUCAUCGACGUACAACCUGUUCAUAGUGGCAGCCCACGAGUUGGGCCACGCCCUGGGUAUGUCCCAUUCCUCUGACCCCGGUGCUUUGAUGUACCCGGUUUACUCCUACGCCACCGGUUACCCUCUGUCUGUGGAUGACAUCAACGGCAUCCAAGCUCUCUAUGGUCCCAACCCAAACCAGAGGAAAGUGAAGCCUAAACCUGAUGCGCCGAACAAAUGUGACCCAAUGUUGAGUUUUGAUGCCGUCACAGAGCUGAGAGGAGAAACCAUCAUCUUCAAAGACGAGUUCUAUUGGCGGCUUCAUCCUCAAAUGCCAGAACCUCAGCAGACCCUGAUCAAGUCUACAUGGCCCUCCCUCUCAAAGAAAGUGGAUGCAGCUUAUGAAAACCCAGAGAAAGACUUAGUCUUCAUAUUUAGUGGGAUUCGAAUGUGGGCGUUGAAUGGAUACAACCUUGUGGAUGGAUACCCAAAGUACAUCCACAAACUUGGCCUUCCUAAGACUGUGAGGAAAGUGGAUGCAGCCGUGCACAUUAGAGACACAGGGAAAACUCUGCUCUUCACUGAGGAAGACUACUGGAGCUACGAUGAAGCAGCGGGCACUAUGGACAGUGGAUACCCACGAUCCAUCGAGAAAGACUUCCCAGGAAUGGACGAUGAAGUUGACGCUGCUGCUUUCCACCACGGAUUCUUAUACUUCUUCCAUGAUCACGUGCAGUACGAGUACAGCUACACUUCCAGGAAGGUGAUGCGCAUCAUGAGGACCAACUCCAUCUUCAACUGCUGA